AUGUGUGGGACCAUGUGCAUGAAAUUCACGCACAUGCACAUGAGUCCCACACAUGUAAGUAGGAAUUAUGUAGGGUUGUGAGUGUAUUAUGAGAAUUCCAAACCCCUCUCUCGUCUCUUGUGAACAUUUCUUGGGCUAGCCGCCAUUUCUUUUGACUUGAGUCACUUGACCCUUCCUAGUCCCUAACCAUCUGCCGCUGCUGCGAUACAAAAACCUCGUAAAAACCCCUCUCUUUUGAACAUUUCUUGGGGUAGCCUCCAUUUCCAUUCGCAAGUCUCCCUACGCGGCCCCAAACGGUAUGUCGUUUUGUUCUCCGAGCUUCACAACCUCCCAUGUUUGCAACUUCUGGGACGACAUCGCCACCACCAAUCCGACGUCGCCACGUGGCCACAUCCUCGCCCUCCAGUUUAGACUCACUGGACCCAAGCAGAACCCUAAUGCCGAUCACUCCACAAACAUUCCGCUAAAGCUCGUCGCUUUCCACUCACAACGACACUAUUCACCGCUCAAUAGCCACGGGCUCAGCCUCCGACGCGUCGGGCCGGAGUCCGUGGCGAAGGCGAUCACCGGGUCCGAGGAGGGGCAGAAUGAUAGUUUGAGAGAGGAGGUUAGGGAUUUGAUUGAUGGUGGCGGCGGCGGCGGCGGCGAAGGUGGUGGAGAUUCGUUUGGAAAUGGUGGUGGCGGCGGUGGUGGUGGUGACGAAGAGGAGGAGAGGGAGUUCGGGCCGAUAUUGAAGUUCGAGGAGGUGAUGAAGGAGACGGAGGCUCGAGGGGUUGAGCUUCCUUUGGAUAUGAUGGAGGCCGCCAAGACCACUGGGAUUCGACAACUGCUUCUUGAGCGGUACUUGGACUUGCAGGGGUCGGUUUGGCCACUAGGCUUUUUGAUCAAGUGUUGCUCUAUGCUUCGUAACCGAAUGCUGGCUGAUCCUUCUUUUCUUUUCAAAGUCGGAACAGAGAUAGUCAUAGAUUCUUGUUGUGCAACAUUUGCGGAAGUUCAGAAAAGAGGCAAGGAUUUCUGGUCAGAGUUUGAGUUGUAUGCUGCAGAUCUUUUAGUUGGUGUGGUCGUGGACAUUGCUUUGGUUGGUUUGUUAGCACCGUAUGCUCGUUUUGGGAAGCCAUCCACAUCAAGAGGUUUACUUGGACGCGUGCAACAGGCUUGUGCCGCUCUUCCCAGCAGUGUUUUUGAAGCUGAAAGGCCAGGAUGUAAAUUCUCAGUGAAGCAGCGGAUUGCCACAUACUUCUAUAAGGGUGUGUUGUAUGGAUCAGUUGGAUUUGGAUGUGGUCUUAUUGGCCAAGGUAUUGCAAAUAUGAUCAUGAAUGCCAAACGGAGUAUAAAGAAAUCGGAAGAGGACAUACCUGUGCCUCCUCUUGUGCAAAGUGCUGUUCUUUGGGGUGUUUUUCUUACCGUGUCUUCCAACACACGAUAUCAAAUUCUAAAUGGACUGGAACGUCUGGUUGAAACAUCAUCUUUGGCAAAGCAGGUUCCACCUGUCGCAAUGGCUUUUACCGUAGGUGUGAGAUUUGCCAACAAUAUUUAUGGUGGUAUGCAGUUUGUAGAUUGGGCUAAAUGGAGCGGGGUACAAUAGCAUCUCUAUACAGCAAAAAAUAAGAAGUAAUCUAGAUAUCAAUAAAAGCACGUCUCUAUUACAGCAAUUACUUUUCAAUUGCCAAUUUUUUUUUAUGAAAUGAUUUUCAUUUGUCAAAUUAAGGGUAGGUUCUUCAAAGUCUAGCUUUAGUUCUGUGUAUUAGCCUCCCCUUUUAGUUUGGCUUACUAUAUUACAAGGAUGAGAGUUUGUGCUUAAAUAAUCGAUCAAUAAAUCAAGCUCAAUUUUUUAUUUUUUAUUUUAUAGUCAUCAUUUUUGUUUUUACAUGUAAUUUUUUUUCUCUUUUUCUUCUUUAGUUCGACAUACCGAUAGAACUUUAUGCUGAAUUGUGUGAACAGGCUCACCAAAGUAGGGAAUUUAUCUGAAUUAUUUUAAUAAACAGAUAUUGGCUCCUCUCA